AUGGCUGAUAAUGCCCAAGUAGUACCCGUUGAGGAACCAGCCGCAACCGCAACAACAACAACAACGGCUGAGCCCGAAGCCAAAAGCUCCGACAAAAUGGAGUCACAGAGCGAUAAACCACCCGUUGGAACGUUGGUGGCAAUCGUGAACCUUUUCGCCGCCGGUGUACUUCCGAUCUUCACCUUCGUUCUCUCCCUUACGCUCCUCGGCUACGCUGUGUGGCUCCUUUACAUGCGUAGCUUCGACUGCGAAGAUAUUCUCGGUCUUCCACGUGUCCAGACGCUAGCCAGCAUCGGUCUCCUCGCCGUGUUCGUCGCCAGCAACGUUGCUCUGUUUCUACGACGGAAGUUUCCGAUGCCGGCACUCGUGGUGAUGGUUGUGAUUCUUUUGUUGACGCUGUUCAUCGGUUUGGCGUAUGCCGGAGUCAACGAGAUGCAGAACCGGCGGUUUCCGGCGACGGCGACGUGGUUUAAGCUCAAAGUGAUGGAUGAUGUGAAUUGGAACAAUAUCAAAUCGUGUAUCUACGAUAAAGGAGCCUGCAACGAGCUCGUUUACGAAUCUCCAAGAAAUAAACCUUAUAAUAGAAGAAAAAUGCCACCAAUCAAGAGUGGAUGUUGCAUGCCACCGGAGACAUGUAACAUGGAUUCGUUAAACGCGACGUUUUGGUACAGAAGAAAAUACGAGAGGCCAACGUUGGAGACGGAGGUGUUAUACGGUGGGAUGGUCGGAAGAGUAAGUGACUGUGAGCUGUGGAGGAACGAUUGGAGUGUGUUGUGCUAUGAUUGUUGGUCUUGCAAGUUCGGAUUCGUAAAAUUUGUAAGGAAGAAAUGGUGGCAGCUCGGUGUCUUCUUGAUAGUCAUCUCCAUUCUUCUUCUCAUCUCUCACCUCUUGAUCUUCUUGGCCACCUUUUGGGAACGGUUCAAGGGUUAA